GCUUCGAUUCGAUAUAUGAUAGCACGUGUUGCAGCUGCCGUUGUACGAAUUAAGAAUUGGCUUCAUUUUUAAAUUAGUUUCCAAUAAUAGAGUCGAAUAGAUUGUUUUUAUAAACAUGGCUAUGCUGGCGGAACCACGACGCCGCAAGCGAUACAAUUUGUGUCCACGCGGCAAGGCGCUUUACGAAGAUGAAAACCGUUUUGGCACAAAAAUGCUGGAGAAGAUGGGCUGGACAAAGGGCAAUGGUUUGGGCGCCAAGCAGGAUGGCGAAAAGGAUUUCGUUCGCAUUCGAUUUAAGAACGACGCCGAAGGUUUGGGAUUCGAAGCAAGGGAUGAUCAGUGGACAACUCACGAGGAAGGUUUCAAUGGUCUUCUCAAAUCACUGAAUGGCGAAGAUAACGAGGCUAAUGGCAAAGAAUCUGAACCCGAAGAGGAAGCUAGACCCAUGGGCUUUGGGUUUAAGGCUGAAGAUCCGGAGGAGCCGUCCAAAAAGAAACUAAAGCAGAACAUUAGUGGUAUGUCGCUGGAGGAGAAAUCGAAACAAAGCAGGGCCCGCGUGCACUACAAAAAGUUUACACGCGGGAAGGACUUGUCCCAGUACAGCGAAAAGGAUUUGGCCAACAUAUUUGGCAAAAAGGCCACAGACGAUAUAGAAGCACCAGCACCCGUAGAGGUUGAACAGCCCAAGGAAGAAAAAGAGUUGGAUCCCAAUUUUGCUGGAGUGCAAACCGUUAGCACGGGACUUUCGGUCAGCGAUUAUUUUAAGCAAAAAAUGGAGGCGAUGAAAAACAGGCUCAAGAAUGGCACUGAAAGCGCCAAAAAAGAUGUUCCGGAUGAAUCACAGCCCAAGGUAAACGGAAAUGAACUAGAGGAGAACUCAGCAUGGAAUGAUCAAGAGCCCAGCAAAAAAAAGAAAAAAAAGAAGGACAAGGAACGAGCAGUCGAGCCAACAACUUUUGAGGAAGAUAUUGACCAGAACAAUUUAAAACUAAAGAAAAAAAAGAAAUCUAAACGCCCAUCCGAGGAUGAAUCUGAGCAAUCCCAGAACCUAUGCGAUGAUGAAAAACCAAGUGAAAAUCAAGAAACCAACCCGCCAAAAAAAAAGAAAAAGAAGAAGGACAAGCAGGAAGAACAAAUUAAGGAACCAACAAAAAAGGGAAAUUCAAAGAAAAAGGAAAAAACUGAAAAGGAUUUAAUAGAAACCAUAGAAAUAAUUGAAGAACCUGUUAAAACGAAGAAGAAAAAGUCUAAGAAAAGUGAGUUGAAUGAUUCGGAAAUAAUCAUUAUUGAUGAUGACACACCCACGGCUGACGUAUGCGAAAACUUAGAUGAAACUGCAACUAAAAAAAAGCGUAAAUCUCACAAAAGUGAACCAACCAACGAAAAGCCAGAAAACACAGCCGAAAUAACAGAAGAAGACUCCACAAAAAAGAAAAAUAAGUCAAAAAAAAGUAUUAAAGCCGAAGAAAUCGAACCAAUAGAGCCAAUACCCCAAUCCGUACCCGAAAGUACCGAUAAAACCUCGAAGAAGAAAAAGAAAUCAUUCACUUCCGCGCCCGAUCCCAAACUAGAAAUUCCUGCGCUCGCUACCGCUGUGGAUACGGCGGUCAAAAAGAUUAAUGACACAGGAAGGAAGCACAAGGACGACGUAAGUGCUGCCAGUGAAAUCUCCAGCGAUAAAAGCGAUCAGUCAGACGAUGAAGAUCUGCCUAAAGACCUCUUAUCUACGGAAGAGAUCAAAGAAAAACUAAAGUCAUACAAUACUUUUGCAAUUUCUCAAUUUUGUGCAGACAAAUUCCCAUUGUUCGACAUGAAGGCGUUCAAGGGGUCGUCGCUAUCCGAAAUCGUAGGCUACGGGAUCAGCGAGAACAUCGAGCUAGAGGUGGUAGACAAUCCGCAGGACGAAAGGCGUAUUCUAGACCUUUGGAACAAUAAAUCCCUUUGGGGAAAUCAAGAAAACUAAGAAGAACAUACGAUAUCCGAGGAAAGUGGCACGUUCAACUGUUCGGGCGGUUAAGAAAAGAGUUGCGUUUCAAGGAAUUUAGUUCGAGCAAACGAAAUAUAAUUCAACGUGAUUCUUGUAUGAUUGUUUUGUACAUAAACAACUUAAGUAGGUAGUUUGUAAGCUUCUGGGUUUACAUUUUAAUCUGUAACAAGUUAAUUAAUUAAACUGAACUAUACAUUUCAA